CUGCGCAAGCGCCAAUACCAUGGUGGAGCUCACUAUCACUGCUGUUGAAUUUCUGGUAAACUAUUGCUUUUUCAUGACAGACAUGGCUCGUUGGUAGUUGACGUCUCGCAAAUAUUCAUCUUUGGAAGCAGAGUACGUCACUGGGAAAGACGAACGGAACCAUGACAACAAACGAGGAUCAAGAGAUGGAGUUGGAGGCUCUUCGCUCCAUCUACGAGGGCGAUGAGUGUUUUAAAGAACUGAGUCCAGUUUCCUUUCAAUUGCGGAUAGGAGACCUGGAGGACUCCAAAGCAUUCAUCCUGGACAUCGUAUGGCCAGAGACUUACCCUGAGACCGGUCCACAAAUCUCCCUUGAUGGCUUUUUUAACAACAAACUCGCUCCAGAGACAAAGCAGCUCAUCCUUUCCAAGCUGGAGGAGCAAGUGGAGGCCAACCUGGGCACUGCAAUGAUGUACACACUGUUUGAGUGGGCCAAGGAGAACCAGGAAGCCCUGAUGGAGAACCACAGACCCGUAGUUACUGCUGUGACCUUAACGUCCAGCAGUGAGGUGACAACAACCACGACGACUUCCAAAAAGAAGGAGAAGAAGGAGCAGCUGACCAAAGCUCAGAAGAGAAGGAUCAUCGGUCGAACAGAUCACAAAGGUGAACUACCCAGAGGAUGGAACUGGAUUGACGUUAUCAAACACGUAAGUGGACCAGCAUCUUCAUCAAAAUAAAAACGCACAAAACUCCUUCACACAUCUGUUGUGUUCUGUUGUUCUCUACCGUUUUACAGCUGAGCAAAACAGGAGGCAAAGACGACGAUUAAAGCCUGAGAGCUGCAUUGUUCCAAACCUUGGACUCCGGGGGCCGUUCUGCACUUCUGAACAUCAGUAAUGAAGUCACGUAUCCACAAGAUUGCUUUCUUUGCUCAAACAUCCCAGCACAGAAGUCUCCUUCUUGAAGGUACCUGCUCUCACUACGUCCUGAUCCUGCAAGUGUUGGGUUGGACUUACUGGCAACAUGGUCAUUUUAAUGAAACUAUUUUACUCCGUUUGCUAUUUUCUUAUGUUUCUGGUUGACCUGAAAAUAUUUUGUAUAUAAAUAAAAACAUUUUGGAAAUAGUUUCUGAGAUCA